ACACAAACUAUCGGGUCUAGGCCUUGCUAGAAUAGGUAUGGCUUUAAUUCUUUCCCUGUCAAUAGGCUGGAAGUGUUGUUGUAGUAGGUUACUUCGCCAAGUUCGACUGGGAUUAUCAAUCAAAUCCGCUACCCUUGCAUUCAUUCCUAGACUUGUUACUGUGAUCUGGAUUUUGUAGUUAUCCGCUUCUGGGAUCCAUCUAUCCCACCAGAUACGUAUGCUCUGACCAUCACCAACCCUCCAUCUAGUUCCUUCCUUCACAAGUCCUUGAGCCGCCAUGAUGCUUCUCCAUAUAUAACUGGGAUUGUUUACCAGUUUAGCUUCUAGAAUAUUAGUAUAGGGGUAAUACUUCGCUUUAUGAACUCUAGCAAUUAGUGUGUCUGGGUGUUGCAGCAAAUUCCAAACCUGCUUGCCUAGUAAAGCUAGGUUGAAGCCAUGUAAGUCCCCGAACCCCAUUCCUCCCUCCUUCUUUGGCUUACAGAGUCUUUCCCAUUUCAUCUAGUGGAUUCUUCGUUCACCAUUCUUACUCCCCCACCAAAAGCCAAAAAUAAUGCUAUGCAUUUCUUGGAUUACCCCCUGAAGGAUUAGGAAAACUGACAUUGCAUACAUUGCUUGGGCUUGAGCAAUGGCCUUAAUUGGCCUUAAUUAAUACUUCCUUAGCCGCAUUUGAUAAGGUCUUUCUUUUUCACAACUUCACAGUUUUUCUUACCUGAUCGAUAAGUUGGGUGAAAACAGCCUUCUUCGAUCUUCCAAUAAUUGCAGGCAGGCCUAAAUACUUGUCAUGUUGUAGUACAUAUUUCAUUCCCAGCAGCUAUGCAAUUUCUUCUCUCUAAGCUUCAUCAACAUUAGUGCUGAAAGUCAAUUCUGAUUUCACUAGACUAACCUGUUGUACAUAUUCUUGCUCAUAAGUUUCCAAAAUCCACUUCAAAGUCUCCCCAUCUUGCUUUCUAUUCUUGAAGAAAAAGAUAACAUCUAGCCAAAAGAUUUGGUUAAGUAAAACUAGAAACCGAAACCAAUCAAACAAACCCAUACGAAAUUGGCCGCUUUGGACGGACUAGAUCAGUAAUUGCCGACUCGGGUCAACUUCCCCGAGUUCUGGAGGCUACCGAUUUUUGCUAAUACGGCAGUGUUUUGAGUUCCAAUCACAAAAUUAGGUACGGACCCUUCUCGCCCUCGCCCUUGUCCAGCGGAGGAAGGCGAAUCCUAUUACACCCUCCAACUCCACCGUAGGGCAGCCGCUUCCUCUCCGUCGAGCUUAUUUCGUUCACCAGUUCCUACGGCCUGUGUUCGUUCUACCUUCUUCUUCGUUCAAAUUGGCGCUACCUUGCUGGAAUUGGCUUUGUAGAUGACCUGAUCGCCGGCGGUGAGCCUUGUUGUCUUAUGUCCUUCCAUUCCAUCCCCUCAAUUUAAAUAUUUUGAUUCUUGACCGUGCAUGGUGAUGGCCUGAUGGGUUACAGGCUUCCGUAAUUUGGUUGGAAACAUAUGGCUCUUCGCACUCGAUCAACUCCAACCCUUUCCCAACCGUGCGCACCGGUCCGUGCUCAAUCUCUUUCCCGGCGGCGACUUCCUCCGUCUUCCAUCGCACUCGUUCCUGGGAAUCAAGCCAAACCGUGGGGUUCGCUGAAAUCCUCGGCGACCGACGGAUUAAUACGCUUGCCGUGUAAACCCUUGUCGAAAGGCAAGCUCGGAGGAUGGGAAUUCGGGGCCAAGCAAUCGAGCGCCUCCGCAUCCCCUGUUUGCUUGCUUGCUCCAAAGGACAAGCCUGGAAGAGGCGGUAAUCAGGGAUUGCCAUGGGAGUCCUUUGGCGAAGCUACAGAGAAUUUUAAAGGAAAGUCAAUAGAAGAGAUGUUAAGGGAGCAAAUGAGGAACAUGGAGUCCAAUGCUGGAGGAGGGAGUGGCAAAAGGAAACCUCCAGGUGGUGGUGGUAGAGGUAGACGGGGUGGUGGUGGCGGUGGUUCUGGAGACCGAGAAGAGAGUGGGGCGUCUUCAUUUGGAGUUUCGGAUGAAACUCUGCAAGUGAUCUUAGCUACAAUUGGUUUUCUCUUUGUGUACUUUUAUGUGAUCAAUGGGGUGGAGAUGACUCGUCUAGCGAAAGACUACAUUAAGUUCCUGUGGACGGGGAGUAAAAGCGUGCGAUUGAGGAAAGCCAUGGAGAAGUGGGGGAGUUUCCUGCAGCCGCUGCUUGACAAGAAAGAGUUGCUCAAGUGUGGAUUAGAAAGAAAGAUUGCCGAUGCUGCAAGAAGUUGGUUCGAUGGCCCGACGAAGUACAGGCACAUAUUGAGGUCGUACCUCACAUCAAAUACUGGCCAGUAGCCUACCCCCUUUCCUUCGUAGUGCCACUGUAGAAACAUAGUAGACCAACGCCCUGGAACGGUCGUUUUUUUCUUUCUUCUUUCUAUCUCAGAUUGUAGGUUGCUUUAGUCAACAUUCGACAACACUUUUCUGUAUGCCAUAUACAACUGUUGGAGGCAUGUCUUUUUGGACUAGUGACAUAUGUGUUUCAUGACCAAUCAAUAAUCCUUGCAAAGUAGGUUCCCUGCUUGAGGAAAUCCAGCCUUGCGAGUUGUGGCGAUAUGAAGGUAGAAGGAGGCUUAAUGGAAUUGGAUGAUCGAGCUUCAAAUGUAAGACAAUGAGACACUGAAACAAGGGGGUUGGCUUAAACUGAAGUGCAGCUCGUUUCACUAAAUGGAAAGUCCAGUC